UUCCAGUCUGGUAUGGACUGCUGACAACAUGCCAACCAACAACAGAACACCGGACUGCCUUCGUGCUGUCCACAUUUGGAACAUUUUCUAAGUACUUUAAGUGGAUUGUGGAUAUAAAACUACGUCGAGGAAUAAACAUUAUUGAGAAAUGAACAGAAGAGAAUGAAAGAAAUGGAUUUUCUUAUACGUUUUGGUUCCGCACUCUUUAUCUGCAGCAUAUCAGCCUCCGCAUCAAAGCUAUUCAGUGCAGACUUCUACGAGCCGAGAGGGCAAAGGAUCUGCAAGCGCGGCACAGAACGCCCCUGCUACAAAAUAGCCUACUUUCAAGACAGCAGACGCAAAGUGAACUUUGAGGAGGCGAGCCGCGCUUGUAAAAGUGAUGGCGGCGAGCUUCUCAGUAUCGAGUCCGAGGCUGAGCAGCAACUGAUAGAAAAUUUCAUCCAAGAGCUGAGAGCUGCCGAUGGAGACUUCUGGAUUGGACUACGCCGAGACGCGGGCUACGAGGAGACGAGUGGGGACUGCCCAUCACAGUACUACUGGAUGGACGGAAGCCAGUCAACAUUUAGAAACUGGCACUGGGACGAGCCGUCGUGUGGCUAUGAGGUGUGUGUGGUGAUGUACCACCAGCCAUCAGCUCCACCAGGCCUCGGUGGACUCUACAUGUUCCAGUGGAACGAUGACAACUGCGAGACAAAGAAUAACUUCAUCUGCAAGUACACCAAAGAGACUCCCCCUGUGCCUACUCCAUCAGCAAAUGGAAGUGUUCCAGGUGCUCCACCACCAUCCUUGCGACCAAAAUAUCCUUCAGUAACAAAAACAGAUGAAGGAAUGAGAGUUGUUGUAUCUCCAAACCCAGACAAUGCCUUAAAUAUUGCCUACAUCAUUCUUCCAACAAUUCCACUGCUCUUACUACUGAUAGUUGCAUCUGGAGUUUUUUGCUUCAAGCUUUUCACAAAGAGGGGUAAGGAACGAACUGAGACCUGUCCUAAAGAGCCAGGCUACUGGGUCUCUGAUGAACACUGCGACAGCCCCAGUCAAGACGUCUAUAACGUCAUAAGGAAGCAGCACGAGGCGGACCUGGCCGGCACGCGGCCGGACAUCAAGAACACGUCCUUCCUGGGUUCUUCUCCUGACACGCCACCUGGCGACUACGACAACCUGGCUGGACGAGACACAGAAAGCGGCUUUGUGACGCUGGCAAGCACCGAGAGUGGCUUUGUGACCAAUGACAUUUACGACAUGUGUCAGCUGCGUAGCAGUGGACGAUACCACCGCGACACAGGAUGGUUGGACAGUGACCUGUAUGGCUAUUAAGGCCCUGCUUUCUGUGAACUUACCACUUUGUGCCAAGUAGUAAGGGCUUGCUCUUUGCCCCCUCAAAUAACCCCCUAAUACCUCAAAUCCCCCUGCUAUUAUCUGUUGCAACAUGGGGCAGUUGUUCCAGUAUGCAUCUCAUCCACUGAUCACAUCCAGGUUACAUCACAGUUUCAUUCUGGUGUUACCUGCAUGCAUUUGAAUUAACAACUGCUCUCCAAUGAAGAUAUGUCCUCGCAUACUGACGACUGCACAGUUGAACGUGUGGACAGAAGCAUGGGAGAAGCACUCACUCCUUAGUUGCAUGAAGAUACCUGAAGCCUGCGCUCAGUGCCUCCGAAGAGCAUCUAUCCGUUUGCAUCGUGGCAAUGGGCAGUACCAGCCAAAUGGUCUGAAAUACUCUCCAAG